AUGUCCGUAUUCAUUGCUUAUAGGUCAAAGCUUUUAUCCCCAGGUUUAGAAUCCAGCAGUAGUGGCUCUCAUCGACAUGAUGGACAACUCACACCUCUCGGUAUUAUGUCACUGAACUUGCCCCGGUGCUGGGACCUCCUCAGGCCAGUUCACUUUUAUCUCUUCCACAUUCCAUUGGCUCUUGUUUCAAACGAUAUGGGUGAUCUGUCGGAUAUUAAAAAUGCCCCGACGACAGCCGUCAGCAUUGCAUGCAAUUCAGCUUCCAUACAUUCCCCUUCUGAUGCAGCUGACAUGACUGGAAACACUCUCUCUAGCCCACUUGAUGCCGAACAGGGCAAGACAUACAUGUCUGCAACCCAUCUUCGUCGAUUUCACCAACUCGACCUAACCAGUGCUCUCAUCACCGGAGUUCCUGUUGACUUGCUUGCUAUCGGACCCGGAAUGCAUUCUCUUUCUGAUGACGAGGAAGAUAAAAGACCAGAGGAAGAGCCAAAAACCCACUCCGUUCAGGCUGGGGCCAAAGAUAGCCAAGCUAUGCUUAUUGGGAAAAUUGCAAGCGUUGGUAGCAUUGAUAAAAGCUCUAUGAAGCCAACUGCUAAAGCUAAGCCCAUCGGGCUCAACAAGUCAAGAUAUUUAUCGGCUUAUACAAAGUUAGUUGAAGAGCAUCUACCUGUCGCACUACCGCUGGAAUAUGUAAAGUCUUUGUGGUCUCGUGCCAGAGCCUAUCGGCUCUGGCAACAGAAAUCGCAAAUGGACGAAGAAAAGUGUAGUUUUCUAGCGUCCCUGGUCAAUCGUCGAUUCCUUCAGUGGCUUUCAGACACCGGUAACCUCCGCCAAUUGCGUCAACUAGAGCCAGAAAUUACAGACUGUGAUCACGGCCUAAUUGCUUCAGCA